GUUAGGUUGCCGGAUAUGGACAUGGGUUCGAAGAAUGUUGGGAAGGGGCUGAGGGUGCUUGUGGUCGAAGACGACACCACUACGCAGAUGGUCCACAAGAUGCUGCUGAAGAAAUACGGAGUGGAAGCUCAGGUGGCCAAGAAUGGCGAGGAGGCGGUGGAGCUCCACCGCUCCGGCGCCCGCUUCGACCUCCUGCUCAUGGACAAGGAAAUGCCUGUCAAGGAUGGCGUCAAUGCAACUCGAGAGCUGCGGGAGCUGGGCGUGAAGAGCAUGAUAGUUGGUGUAACUUCGCACGGGCCAGGUGUGGUGAGGGAUGAGUUUAUGGCGGCGGGGCUGGACGAGUGCCUGAUGAAGCCGCUAGGUGCAGAUAUGGUUUUGCGCCUGAUUAACCAACUGGUUGCCUAAAAAGGAGUUCCAAAUAGGGAAAAUAUGUAUGCUCAGCUUGCUUGUGUAACUGUACUCCAAGUCUCCAAUAAUAAUAAUAAAUGAAAU